CUUUCUGGGCGCUACUUACGAAGCAGAGAAAGUCAAAACAUUGAGGGGGAGGGAGGGUGCGCGCACGCACGCAUGCACGCACGGUGGACGGCUCUUCUCCUUUUCCUUUGACGAGGGAAGACCCGUGACGAAGGGGUCAAAGUGAUGAAAGGACCCUGGCUGAGUCGCCUCGUUGUACAAAGGCUCGCUGGCGUUUCUGCUCCGUCCCUGCCACCAGUCAAUGUCCGCCACGCCAGCAACAGAGGGCGAGUCCGUGGACGACCUCAUCGACAAAAUUGCGAUAUGGCCGGACCAUGAAGAUGAGCUCUGUGAUAUCUUUGCCAAGCUGCUGGACAGGAGAACAAGAACAAGAGGAAUUGAACGUCGCUUUGAAGAGCAAGUGAGGCGAAUUGAAGAGAGCUCUGCACCUAAUGAGAGGAUACUCUGUUUCGUUGUCGAGACCGUAGGAAAGGAUCCGUAUCUACUUGUUCAGCGAGCAGUGCUUAGCAUGCAGGAGGAUCAGAGUCACUCGUCCGCUAACAAUGUAUUAGAGGGCAACUCAGUCAAGCAAGUCAGGUUUGAGGAGAGGCCACCGUCGCAACCUCGCGCCAUGAGAGAGGGCACCCGGCAAGGCAGAAAGCAGUCUCCUGUCGUACAGAAGCCAGAGCAUUCGUCGAGAAAGGAAGAAGGAAACCAUUCAAAGGGAAGAACACGAGCCCAGCACCGCGGUGGUAAGCGUGCUAAGAGGAAGAUACAGGGAGUCUUGCAACUCGCUGCCAACGAGGAGCCAAAGAUCCCCACGGAGCCACGGGCAGAUCGUGAGCGGAAGGCGUCUUUACAAGAAAAGAAAGCCCACCAAGGAUCGAAGAGAGUGCCCAGAGAGCGCAGGGUGAGUGUCUUCGCGCUCACAUCACGUCUGUGACUGAUAGCUCGUCGUACAGCACCAUCGCGCAAACCUGCCUCCUAGGAUGAGGCAGGUUGCCGUCUAGAGGUCUCCUUAUAUAUUAUGAUGAAGCAUACGCCAAUUCUGUAUAUACUGCUAGGACUUGUUUGCCAAUACAAACCAAACCGUCUUGCAUGCGUUUGCCCGUUUCAUCGUUUCGCCACAGGAGUGGACGUUACUGAUGAU